AUGCAACCGAGUUUUUGUGUGGCCCGGGAGAGGAGGGGAGAGAAAGAACUCUACCGUCAGGUGCUGAAUGGGGAUAUGAGUUCGUGGUUCCUGAGCUACUCACCUGAUUACACACAAACAACUAACAGUGCAGCCACUGUGGAGGGUCGGUGCUCACGAGGUGACAACUGCGAGAUGUGUUGCAGUCGUCAGCUCUAUUACCAACAAGACUCCCCGCCACACCAACAGCACCACCUAACCAGUCAACAUUCAGUGCCAGAGGAUCCACCGACCGAUUUGCUACGUCGCUAUUCGCCUGUGUUGGCGACAAGCUCUCAGGUGAGCAAUCACAUCCGACAGAUUAAUCGGGGAGUAAUUUAA